UUUUCAACCCUAUUUAUUAAUGUUGAAAAACGGCGCGCGGCAUUCAUGUGAAGGUUUUGUUUUUGUGUGAAAUUGUAUUGAAAUUAAAGAAGAAAAAUGAGCGUGGAGGAUGUGAUUCGGGAGAUCGACCGCCUCAACCUGGAGACGGUCCUGCAACAUGCCGCACUAGCGAGUCUCACAUGCACGGGUCGCACUCUGGGUUCCGACAAAAAUCCAUUUCGAAUUCCUGUUGACGAGAAUGACCUCGUACUUCCAGAUGAAUCUCCAACGAAAGCGGAAAAUCUCUUCCCCGUUACUAUUGACUUAGAACCCAGUUUAAGCUGCUUCCCGGACGCGGAUGCCAUCAACGCAAGCAUCGUAAAGAGGGAACUGGCGGAGCAGUGUAAAAAGAGCGUUCGAAUGCAGUUGAAUCAACUCCAGGAAAGGCAGCAGUCCUUCCGUUCGAAACUGGACAAGCAGCAGAAGGAGCAAGAGAACCUCGAAACCGUCAAUCACAAGGCGCUGCGAAAGGAGCAAGAAAUCCUUAUUUGCCAAAAGGCCGACCAACUGGCCAAUGCCCAUUUGGAUGCCCAGCAGCGGGAGCAGCAGGCACUGCGCCGUCAAACGGAUCAGAAACUGCACAAGCUGGCCCUGGAGGGCGUGGCCCGCUGUCAGAGGCGUUUCGGUAAGAAGUUCGAGGGUAUCACAAAGCUGCUACUCUCCCUGGACAAGGACACGGUUCAGGUCUGCUCUUCGCACAACCGACAGCUCAAGGAUCUCGCCCAGCAGUUCGAGCAGCUCGUGAGCAACGUGAAAGCAGGAAAGUGUGAGCAGACGCAGUAUUUGCGGUCCAUCAUUAAGGCAGAACAAUGCUGCAAGAGCUUGGAUGCUCUGGAAAUGGACAUGAUCAAGCAGUUGGCGGAGUUCUCGGAGCUAAUCCAGCAGCAGCUGAAGGUGGAGGAGGCCAAAAAGCACGAGGAGGAACAAAGAAAGAAGCUCGAGGAGAAAAAGCGCCUCCAGAAAGAAAAGGAAGAGUCCGAGGCGCGUCAGACUCAACAGCAGCAGCAGCAGGCAGAGGAGGCAGCCAAAGCUGCUGCGGCGGCCCAAGCAGCGGCAGCCAACACAGGAGCCACAGAGGUCCAACCAACGGCAGCAAAACCCGCAGUUGUUCCUCCCACUGCCGACCUAUCUACCUCCUACGUCCACCCAGAUCGAUUGAAGUUUUACAACGAAAUCCUGGCCUUGUACCAGGCCAAAGUGGAUGCAGUGAAGCCACUACAAACAGAGGAAUCACUAAAGCAGUACCGCACCGGGUGCCAGCGGGCCAUAAAUCUGCCCCUGAACGCCAUUUCGGCGGUGAGUCCCCAGCACUUGAGCAACAACUUUGACAAACUCUACAGCUUCUUCGCCGGGCAGCCGGUGAAGCUGCUGAAUGGAGCUUCAAUGACCAUCAACGAUCAUCCACUGGCCCGCGACUACUGCCUGCUCCUGAUGGCCAAGAAGUUUGUCAGCCAAACGGAGACUGCCAUCUCCAGCAACCCGCAGGCCGCCUUCCCCUUCGCCUCCGUCAUUGUCACGUUUUGGAAACUGCUACCCGACUUUGGAAAGAUUUUCCUGGCCUACCUAUACAAGGAGUCGCCGUUCCUAGUGCCCUACGUGAUUCCCCAGCAGCAGGGACAGUCCCCUGAGCAAUACCUAAAGACUAUUGGUUACCGCCUGACUGACAACGAGCUGGAAAAGCCGGAUAUGUAUCUGAAAAGACAGACGGGAAUAGCUCGACUGUAUUCGGCUGUCAUCAUCACACCGGGACGAAAGGCUGAUGGGCCGGAGCACUGUUACGGUCUUGAGGAGGGAUGGCGUUGGCUGGCGCAUAUGGUGCAUGUUAAGCCGUUGCCCGAUGUCAGUGCCACCCUUAUAAUGGAGGUUCUACAGACCCUCGGAUUCGAAAUGCUGCGCACCUACGGCAAGCAGUUUGUGAAACUUUUGUGUUACAUCCAGAACACGUACAUGCCGCAGUUGUCGGCACACGACGAAGGCGGCCCGAAGACCCGACUGGAAAUGAUACUGGCCAAGUUCCUGCGAGAACGCCAGAUACCCCAAGCCGUUGGCCUACUUCCCCCCGGCUUCUGGUAGUUUUGUAAACCUAGUGCAUAACAACAAUUAUUUAUGAAAUGUUAAAAGAAUUUAAGAAACUGUCCAUUGUAUUUGAUUUAAGAGACAAGCAAGUGUCAUUUCCAGAAAUGCAACGUUUGAAAGCCA